CCGGCCUCCAGUAUUAUGCUUAUGUCACUUACCUGUCAUGGCUUCCCCUGUGGCGCUUAUUCAAGGGGCCAGCAGAGGACUGGGGCUUGAAUUCUGCAAAUAUAUCUUAAAAAACAAAACCCUCGUUGCCGUUAUUGCGACAUGUCGAAACCCGGAUGGAGCGGCCGAGCUACGGGGCCUGGCCGGCCAACACCCGGGCAAACUGACGGUCCUAAGGCUGGACGUGAGCCGGGAAGAGGACAUUCGCGGAGCUGCAGAUCGGGUUAAGGAGAGCUUCGGCCGGCUGGAUCUGAUCAUCAACUCCUCGGCAAUGCUUCACCCCUCAGGAAAAGGAGAGACCAGCCUGAGAGAUGUCUCUGCUCAAGGCAUCAUUUCCACAUUGACAACCAACACAGUGGGUCCCCUGGUCAUGGCUAAGUAUUUUGCCCCCCUCCUUCAGAAGGGUGGCGGUAGUUUCGGUCAGCAGCCUGCAGAGAAAGCAAAGCACCACAGCGGCAUCAUCGUCAACAUCACCGCCAAAGUGGGAUCCAUUGGCGACAACGGUCUUGGUGGUUGGUACAGCUACAGAAUGUCUAAAGCAGCUCUCAACAUGGCUACUAGGAAUCUUUCUAUAGAGCUGGGACGCAGUCGGUCCAAGGUGGUCUGUGUGUCCUUACAUCCAGGAACAGUCAACACAGACCUCUCCCGGCCAUAUCACAGGAACGUGCCAAAAGACAAGUUGUUCAGUGCAGAACACUCUGUGAACUAUCUGAUGAGCAUUAUUGACACACUGAAUAUUGAAAAGACUGGCAGGGCGUACAACUGGGAUGGGACUGAACUUCCUUGGUAGAAACAAUAAAUGUACAAA